AUGGGGAUGGCGCCGACGAUGGGGAUGGCGCCGAUUGAGCAGCGUCAGCCUUUGGCCCGCGAUGUGAUACCCGGACACCUAUUUGCCUGUCGUUGUUUUUGUGGCACCCGUGACUACAACCCGAUGGGGGGCGCUUUAGGCGGGACCGUGGGAGGUAUGGUGAGUGGCAUGGUUGGUGGCGUGGUUGGCGGCGCUGUGGGGGACAUGUUGGGUGGUGCAGUGGGUGGAAUGGUGGGUGACGGAGCGCCUCGCUAUAGUCAGGACUCGGCUAGUUACAAAUAUGUGUUUAAUCCGGAGCCGAUCUAUACAGCAUCCGUGCAGGGGUUCGGCCAGGUGGUACGGAACCCGAAGAUCAUGCGGACCGUUCGCGAUCCCGUGACUGGCCGACUUCGCGAAUUCUUUUCCGUGGUCGCUGCGACUCGAUCCGCCGACUUGUCGGUUACGGAAGCGCGGCUGUUCAAAUCUUAUCUGGACGGGAACCCGCCGCAAGGGCGUCUGAUCCUCACGCUGAUUAGCGAGCUGCUGCAACGCUCCACUGCGGCGCUGCGAGAACCCGAACCAGUCACUGGGGAAGGGGUAACACCCGCCCCUUCGGUUCUCAACCCGGCGGCUGCAGCCCGUGGCGUGGAGGCUCUAGCCAGAUCCAUAGCGGAAAUUGCGGCUCUCGGUGCAGCUGCGGAGAGAGACGAAAAAGGCAGAGAGGGGGAAGGCAGAGGAGGAAUACGAGGGCGUCGGAUUAGUCCAGCGCAGCAGAUCUUGUCAGGGGACUUUUCGUUGGCUUUGGCGCAGGAGUCGGCUCCGUCCAGCGGUUCCAAAGCCGGUGCGAAAGUACUCCCUACAUCAACCAGUCAAGUGCGCUUUGUCCCCGUCACGGCAGAGAUGUUGAAGACGCCAUUUGCGGCGCGUGCGCAAUGUGUUAAAUUGUGUCGCGACGAAGUGUUGGCGACGCCUGCAGUGGCACGUCGAUUUGGAAGUCAUCUGGACUUUGCCGUUUUGAAAAGGAGCGACAUGGCGCCAGUGGGCGAGCACGUCACGCCUGAGCGUUUCGAAUGGGGCCUGCCCUACGUCGAGAUUCCCGCGGUUCAGAACUUGCCGCGUGACCCGCAAUGGGAAGCGAAGAUGAAGUUGCGUUUCGAGAAGCCGUAUCAUCUGGCUGCUAACUUCGAUCCCAAGACUGGUUUCACCAAAGCCGUAGUAUUACCUGAUGGCAAGUCCUCAGUCCAGCCUGAUGGGCUCUGCUCGCUACUGUACAACUCCCUCAACGACUUCGGCACCCAUGCUGGUACGUCCCCGGUUCAGAUCCCCGGCGUGCCUCCUCAGGAUGUGAUGCUCGAAUAUCGCGACUUAGACCUGAGUGAUUGGUACAGACCGCACGACCUCAACCCCUCACGCAGCAUCGCCAAGAUCAGACACUUGCCCUACCACGCCAGCCCUCUAGACCCGCCCCCUGUGGCGCAGCAACAUUCUCACUCCCAGCCCCAGACCAUCCGGCAAUACCCUGAGACUCUCCCAACAAGUUCCCAAGAAAUCGACGAAGACCUAGCCGAAGAUCUAACCGACUAA